CUGGUGAGUGGGCUGGAGCCCUCGUCUGGGCCGGAAAAAAAAAAAAAAAGCCCUCUGGGUCUUCUUUUAGUUGCUUCUCUUCCUUUUUCUCAACGGUUUCUCAUCACUCCAAUCAGCCGCGACGAUGCCCAGGAAGAAGGCGGCGGCGGCCUGGGAAGAGCCGAGCUCGGGCAAUGGCACGGCCCGUGCUGGGCCCAGGAAGCGCGGCGGCCCGGCGGGCAGGAAGCGCGAGCGGCCCGAGCGAGGAGGGGACAGGCGGCCGCGAGGAGCUGCGUGCGACACCGCCUGUUCUCGGUGGCCUGACGCACCCCACGGCCUCCAGUACGCCCGGGCGCCACGGGGGAGGGGGCCACCGGCGCUCUAUGGGAGCGGCGGUUUUCGCCGGGGCUUUGAGGUUCCCGCCGCCUCGGCUCCGGCGCUCCAGGAGGGCGGGGCUUGGCGACCGCCGCGCAUGCUUUGUGCGGUCCUGCGCCGUCUCGCGCUGCCGGCGAGGCGGGGGCGGCUGGCGGCUGGGCGGAAACUUGAAGGGUCUAAGUGCAAAGGGCAGCUUUUGAUUUUUGGGGCAACCAACUGGGACUUGAUUGGUCGAAAAGAAGUGCCUAAACAACAAGCUGCUUACCGCAAUCUAGGUCAGAAUUUGUGGGGGCCCCACAGAUAUGGAUGCCUGUCAGGGGUCCGGGUGCGGACAGUGGUUUCGGGUUCAUGUGCCGCCCAUAGUCUCCUCAUCACCACAGAAGGGAAGCUGUGGAGCUGGGGUCGAAACGAGAAGGGGCAGCUGGGACAUGGUGACACCAAGAGAGUGGAAGCCCCCAAACUCAUUGAGGGUCUCAGCCAUGAAGUGAUUGUGUUGGCAGCAUGUGGGCGGAACCACACCCUGGCUUUAACAGAAACAGGCUCCGUGUUUGCAUUUGGAGAGAACAAGAUGGGGCAGCUGGGCCUGGGCAAUCAGACAGAUGCUGUUCCCAGCCCGGCACAGAUAAUGUACAAUGGCCAGCCAAUUACCAAAAUGGCCUGUGGGGCCGAAUUCAGCAUGAUAAUGGACUGCAAAGGAAACCUCUAUUCCUUUGGGUGCCCUGAAUAUGGUCAGCUGGGACACAACUCAGAUGGGAAGUUCAUUGCCCGGGCGCAACGGAUAGAGUACGACUGCGAGCUGGUGCCCCGACGAGUGGCCAUUUUCAUUGAGAAGACAAAAGAUGGGCAGAUUCUGCCAGUCCCAAACGUGGUGGUGCGAGAUGUAGCCUGUGGUGCUAACCACACGCUGGUUCUGGACUCUCAGAAGCGUGUUUUCUCCUGGGGCUUUGGUGGCUAUGGCCGGCUGGGCCAUGCGGAGCAGAAGGAUGAGAUGGUCCCUCGCCUGGUGAAGCUGUUCGACUUCCCCGGUCGUGGGGCAUCCCAGAUCUAUGCUGGUUACACCUGCUCCUUUGCCGUUAGUGAAGUGGGUGGUCUGUUUUUCUGGGGGGCUACCAACACCUCGCGUGAGUCAACCAUGUACCCGAAAGCAGUACAGGACCUCUGUGGCUGGAAGAUCAGGAGCCUGGCUUGUGGGAAGAGCAGCAUCAUUGUGGCUGCUGAUGAGAGCACCAUCAGCUGGGGCCCGUCGCCAACCUUCGGGGAACUGGGUUAUGGAGAUCACAAGCCUAAGUCUUCCACCGCAGCCCAAGAGGUGAAGACGCUGGACGGCAUUUUCACAGAGCAGGUCGCCAUGGGCUACUCGCACUCCUUGGUGAUAGCGAGAGAUGAAGGUGAAACAGAGAAGGAGAAGAUCAAGAAACUGCCAGAGUAUAACCCCCGAACCCUCUGA